AUGCGUGGCUCUGUUCCCUGUCUGGGGGGCUUCACAACCUUCACUCAGCAGUCUUCGAGUCGUAUUCCUCACCUGAAGCUGCAUAUUCUUGCUCGGCACCCACGCUCUCAGUCAGCCUCCAUCCCUGAACGGACUCCCCGGAUGCGGCAAAGAUGCCUUCAUACGACAUCAUCUCCUUUCAGCUUGUCCGGAAUAUUCUCUGGCUCCAACAAGAACAUAGACAAGACUGAAGGAUCGACUACUUCUGCUAUCAGUACCCAUUCCUCGGUGGUUGGACAGAAUGUUGAAGUCAACAGCACACUGGGAGACAUCUUGGAACAAGCUCACCCCGAACGUGUCUUCUACGCUUUACUCUCGACCGCCGAAGGUAGAAGAUUCGUUGCACAUGCGCCUUCGGAGGACUUCGAGGCCGCUUUCUGCAGCAUUGAUCCCUGGUAUCUCAUCGAACCGUUCAAGGAUAUCUACCGAUACAUCAAGCCUUCCCUUACGACGCAGCCCAGAUAUAGAUGGGUCCGGGCGAUUGAAGAGCGCCUCGAAAGUUUUGCUGAACAGCUCAAGGAGAUCAUCGACCUACGUCGUGAUGGAUAUCAACUUACCAAGAGUGUGUGCACCCAUCUCCUGCAUUGUGCUCGAGUUCUAGGACAUGGACCUAUGGCUAGGCAGAUCUGGCAGAUCAUGAUACCAGAAGAUGGGUUACAGCAGGAUCUUGAUGUGCAGGCCUACAAUUGCUACAUGGAAGCCAUUUGUUGGGCGAAUGCAUUCAGCAAGACCGAACAAUGGCAUUUACGGGUCAUUCCGCGCGUUCUUGCGAUACGAAGCUCGGUCGAUCCUCCCCCAGGCUUUAGUGGACAUCGUGCCGGACCAUUAGGACUUCGACAUGAGACCCUGGUGUAUUUCCGGAGGAUGGUGAGUCAGAAAAUCGAAGGCAAUGAGGAGACAUUCACAAAUCUCAUGGUAGCCAUGGGCAGAGAAGCCGAUCUUGCUGGUGCAAAGAGCAUACUGAAAUCCGUUUAUAACAUCGACGUUGAUCUUCUGCUCCAAGUGGACGAAGAGGAGGUCGAGACACCAACUUUCUAUGAGCUCGACUCCCCUUUGCGCCCUACUGCCCGGCUGCUUUACACCAUAGCUCAUGUAUUCGGUUCGAACAACGAGAUCGAACUCGCUUUGAAGCUAGUCGACUUCGUGUCAAGACAGUACGACCUCCGCAUCCCUUUCAACGUCUGGAUGCAUCUAUUCGACUGGACGUUUGUCCUGUCUCGUUGGCGGUCUACAAUACAGAAGAGAAAGGGUCUUGGAAUAGGACAGUUACCUCCCGCAAUAAUGGAUAUGCUUUGGACGCAGAUGACCGAUGAACCCCAUAACAUCAAGCCAGAUGUUGUGAUGCACGCUUAUCGGGCCCAAUCGUUUCGUCACCAUGGUUUGCUGAGAGAGUCUCUUGAGUGCAUCCAUUUGGCGAAAUCAUUAUUUGAAGACGGUAGAGGAGAGGCAGCACUACAUGGCAGGGAACUUUUAGACCUUACAGACCAACUUCUAGAACGUCAACCUGCAUAUUCCCAACAUGUGCUCCCAGCAGAAUGGUUCAACCUCCGCCGUCAAUUCAUAUUCUCUUCCAUCAUCGAAGACCGUGAUCUGCAGCUUCUGAUCCAUACGAUCCGAACAACGUUCACGUGGAAAAGGUGGCCCGAGAGCCGCGGAAUCAAAGAAUGGGAGCGCUGCCGUUUACCGAACUUGAUUGCAGACUUCGCAGAAUACCUUCCGAACUCAGUCGCCUACAGAACCCGGGGCGGUCUUGUCGAGAUUGAAGGUCUCCGGGAAACUCGUCUUGAAGCCGCUAGAACCGGCAUCGCCAUGUCGCGGAGGAACGGAGUGUUGAGGGCGCACAUGGACCAGAGAAUAGUGACCUUCGCGCAUCUAUCUGAGGCCAGGAAAAAUUUCGGGGCUGAGAUGCACGAAAACCAGCGCGCCGGGGCGUCAUUAGCCAGCCAACGUGUAAGACGUUUCUGA